AUGCUUUCUCUCCCGGCGCCAUGGGACGCAUGGGAUUGGCCAGUCACCUUGCGACCACCGUCGCGGCGGGUCCGGGUCGUGACGCUGCCCCUCCACACGUCUGGGUUUGCCAACACAUCUGGCCAAAGUCGCCUGGCACGUGGAGGAGUUGCCGUAUCGAUCUUGGCGUUCUGGAAGCGCGCAGCCGUCGAAGCUCGGCUGCGGGGCGUGCGGCGCCGCGCGGGGGGCUUUGCAACCACGCAGCAAAAGCCGAAGAGCAAGGAGAAGUACGGCCCCCCCGACGGCUUCGCCGCCGAGAAGAGGCUCAGGAGCUGGUUGAAGGAUCUGGGAGCCUCUGGCUUGGACCUGGUGGAGCUGGGCCGAAGUGCAGGCGUCUGGCUGAAGCCCAAGCUGACUGCAAAACAGCUGAACAACGUGGGCGCUGGACGCUAUGUUCUUCAGGUGCCCAAAGACGCCUGGAUCACCGUGGACGACUCGGUUGGGGCAGAGGUAGAGGAGCUCUUAGCUGCGGAGCUCCUGAAGGAAAGAGCCAAAGGAAAGGAAUCAAAGUUUGAACCAUAUGUGGAUUUUCUUUGGCGGCAGGACCUGGCACGACAUCCCAUGUUCUGGACGGAAGAGGAGAUCUCUUGGUUGUCGGGAUGCAAAGACGUGCAAGAUUCGGUGCUUUCUCUCCAGGAGCGCACUCAGAAGCGCAUCGAGAGGCUGCAGAAGCAGCUGUCAGCCAGCGAGGAGGAGCUCCGCUUCGCGCUCUGCGUGGUGGAGGCCCGUGCGAUCAGCACCAGUGCAGUUCCUGGAGCCUUGGUACCGGUGCUGGACCAUUUCCGCAACGACUUGACGGGUAGCCCGGCCCUGAUGGUCGGAGAUGAAGGCCUCACCAGUGGACCUAUGGUGGCCAUGGCGUUGCAAGACCUCAGACCUGGCGCUGAGCUUCGGAACUGCUUCGACCAAGUGACAAAUCAGGAACUCUUUACGCAGUAUGGCGAGGUUCAAAUCCGGAUGGAAGAUGAUGAAGCUGUGCCAGAGGUCAAUGCCUACAACGAGGUGCCGCUGCCGGUGCGACUGCCGAAGCGGCCCUCGAGCUCUGAGAUGGUGAAGCAGGCCAAAGUGGCGCUGUUGCAGAAACGUGCUGGAAUCGAUUUGAGCUCCGAGGCCGCCGCUCUCCGGUUGCCGAUGGAUGCGAUGCCCACCGGGCGUUUGCUUCCCUUGGCACGCUUCAUUGAAAGCCCCGUACCAGCUGGAGCUCCCGAGGUGGUCUAUGAGACACUUUUCGACUCCCUCUUCAAGGAUUGUCAUCCGGGCCUCCUACCCGGCAGUGAGGAGGAGUGGUUUCCCCGAUGGGUUCCGGUGCCACCUGCGCCGUGCAAUGCAGAGGAGCUGCAAUUGGAAGUGCAGGAUGACUCACGGUCUGGACCGGAGCAUCGUCAUGGAAUCAAAGCUGGACCGCCUGUUCAGGAUGUGUUCGCUGGCUGUUUGAACCCAAGCAUGGGAGUCGCAAACUCUCCUGUCUCCGCCAGAAUGCUUGUGGCGGACUGGUACGAGAACCUGAUUGGAAGCUACAACCGCAUGUCUGAGCACAUUCAGCAGGAAAUCCAGGAGAACUCCUUGAAGACCUCCAGUGCUGGUUCAGGCGAUGUGGAGCUGCCAGAAGUCACCAACGCCCACUACAAGGCGAAGCGGAAGGACGGCAGCACCGCGAAGAGCCGCACGGCCAAGGCCUGUCGGGUGCUCUCCUCGAGCAUUGAGGAUGGCACUGUGGUGGUGCAAUUCUUAGAGAAUGGUGUGCGACAUACCAUCCCAGAGGAAUGGGUCAUCAAGAACACGUCGGCUGAAGGCGCCAUGUGGUCCAAGCCAGGCAGGUGGGUUUUUGGAGGAUCCGAACGAGGAGUCCGCCAAGCGCUCGCGAGGGCUUUUGGCCUUGGCGCUUUUUGGUUGUCAAGGUUCAGUGGCCCAGGGCUGCUACAAAUUGAUGAUGGAAGUCCUACAGCUGGGUCAAGGCAUCCUUCAAAGUCGGAAAGAGAAGGAACGAGAGAGGAUUGCCCGAGAGUUGCAAAGGGCCUGGCAGAUGGAGUACGAGCGGACGCAGGGCGAGAAGCCUUAAAAAAGAGUCCGGCCUACCCUGGCUUACAGCUCGCCGGCGAACUGCCCGCCGGUGGGACUGCCCGCCCUUGGGCACCCAAGAGUGCAGGAGGCUUGCGUCAAUUGCUUGAGGCGGCGAUGGCGGCAGCGAUGAGAAAACAGCUGGUGGAGUACAUUGAGGCGAACUCAGGCUUCCCAGAUUCCGAGGUUCUGUGCCGCGAGAAAGGCUGGGACCAUGAGGCAUUGGUGGGAGCCAUCAAGUCCUUGCAAGCAGAGGACACCAAUCGCUGGAGUCUUUGCAAAGAUCGCUGGAGUUGA